CUCUCGGCCGCUCUCUCCGGCGGGCGUCGUGGCAGAGCUGUAAUCCGUGCGCAGAAGAGGCGACCUUGGGGGACGGUAGCAAGCAUCAUUAAUCAAGAUGCCUUCAGCACCUGAGCCCACAACCUUUAAAAAUGAACCACCCAAACAGAAAGACUUUCGAAACCCAGGGCUUAGAGGAGUUCGCACAACAACUUUAUUUCGAGCUGUGAAUCCAGAGCUUUUCAUUAAACCUAACAGACCUGUAAUGGCAUUUGGAUUGAUAACCCUUUCGCUUUGUGUGGCUUAUAUUGGUUAUCUACAUGCAGCACAAGAGAAUAAAAAGGACCUCUAUGAAGCUGUUGAUAGUGAGGGACGCAGUUACAUGAGGAGGAAAACGUCUAAGUGGGAUUAAUAGUGCUGGUUAUUGCAGAUGGAGCUUUAUUAAGGGCUCUGAAAUCUUCAAGUGAAAGACUUUAUUGAGUGCACAGUGUCUGCUUCUUGUUCUGGAAUAUAUUAAUGAGGAAGGAUGAUAGCAGUUCCCACCAGACCACUGUAUUAAGUUUUAUCCUUUCAGAGCUGCAGCCAUUAUCUCAUUCUUCUUCCACAGAAAGUUUCUCAGUAUUUUUCUUUUAUUAAAUCCUCUUGUAAAAGUUC